AUUCAAACGAAUAAAUAAAUAACAAUUGGAAAAGAAAAUCUGUUUGUCGUGUCGAAAAUGGACGUCGCCCUAGGGACGCCGAUCAUCUAGGUUUUGAUAUGCAUGAAUCUUUCGGUCUUUGCGGUUGCAACAGAUUGCGGCAUUGAAAAGAGUCGAUUGGAAGAAAAAAUCGGCGGGCAUUUCCUAGUGAGAGCAACUGAACAACUGAAAAACCUUGAAAACAGUAUUGUAUAAUCGAACGGAGCUGCAGAUUUGUUUAUUAGUGAUGUCUUGUGCUUGUGAUACCGGUGGAUGAUGUGAUUUAUACUUCAGUUUUCAGCGGAAAUAAUUUUGCAGACAAAUAUGAGAAAAAUAUUUGGAAUACAGAUAUGGCUUUUUCUUCUAAAUCUCCUCUUACAUUUAUUUCAAUACGCAAAAGGAGCAGUUAUGCCGCCGCCCUGGGCAAAUCCAAAACUAAACCCAUGUGCCUCGCAUCCUCUUGGAUGGCAACUCUUAUUUUGGCCGCCAGAUGGAAAAUGCUACAAAAUAUUUCAGGUUGGUCAUCCUUGCCCGAACGGUAUGGAAUUGACGCCAUCUCUUAGCAAAUCCGGCAAGAAUUUAUCUGCCGAAUGUAAAUGUGUACCCCAAACCGCUCAAUCAGCAACAAAUGGUGAAUGUUACCCGCUAUUUAGCGCAGGUCCCUGUAAUGAGGGUUUUUAUUUUGGACCUGAUACAAAAUACAAAAGUGAAAACUCUAAGAGACAAUGGGGCACAUGUAAGCAGAUGAAGGCGUGUUCUAAAGGGAAUGAAAUCUACUGGCCCAAAGACGGAAAAUGUUACAAAACAUUUAGUAGAGGACCUUGUGCCAAAGGACAAUUGAUUAUCGAAGAUUCCAAAUCAAAGAUCCCUGUAUGUAGUUGUGAUGAAACUCAAUUACAAGAAUAUAGAUAUUAUGACAAUCGUUGUUACCAGCAUUACACAAAAGGACCUUGUCAAGAGAAAGGCCAUUUGUUCCUUCCAGGAAAGACCUGUAAUUGUUUCAGUAACUUGCCGAACUAUCAUCAAGACAGUCAACAAUGCUUUGAAUUAGGUACAGUUGGUCCAUGUUCGUCAGGUCAAAAAUACGACUUACAGCUGCCUACAGAUAGCCACGCCUCCUGUCAUUGUAAACCAAAGUACAUUCCUUACCAAAACUCUACGUCUUGUUACCGUCUAUAUACAAAAGGUCCUUGUGCCAAAGGCCAGAUCCUUCUAGAUUCAAACACCUGCAUCCGCCAACCUUGCGAACGCGGUAGCCUCUAUUUUCCAGAUGAAAACAAAUGCUACCGAAUAGGGAUACGUGGUCCUUGUCCCACCAAUCGAGUAGUAGCGUUCGACUUCGACACCCGACCGUCCAUAGAUGGUAUUAGCUACAACGGAGUGUGCGUGUGUGCUAAAAAAGAUUGUGAGCCAAUGAUCGAACUCUGUGAUCGCACCAAAGGACUUAUCCGUUAUAAAGGACAGUGCCAUAAAAUGUAUACACAAGGCCCCUGUUCUAGGGGAUCUUGGUUAGUUCCUAAACGAAAUGGAAGAGACGAAGUACUAGAAGCAGGUUCCAAGGAACGUUUGGGAGUAUGUGAGUGUAUACCAGGGUAUGCACGAAAAGUUAGGACAAUAGGAAAUGAGACUGUUAGUGUAUGUAUGUCGCCUGCAGUAGUAUUAGCUGAGUAUUUAAAUGCAAAUCGUACUGAAAUUACAGUUAUAAGGGUUUAAUAUUAGGGCAAUAAAUUAAAAUGUAUUCAAAAUAUAUUAUUUUGAAAUAAAAAAUUUUAUUUUCA